AUUGAUAAUAAUCUACAUUUAAUAAGAACCUUAUUUAAUAAGAACUUUAACGAGUAUAACAACAACGUGUCGCGAAAGCGAUACUCGGCUUCCAAUGUCAUAAAUUGCAAAUAAAUUUGUCAUCAUUUCGGAAAGGCAAAUGCAAUGGCAGAAAAGUUUCGAUCGUUCCUGAAAGUUUUAAGAAUUGAAAUAAACCGUCGAUUAUUAAAUAAUGCCGUUACAAGAAUUAAUAGUACCACUGAGAAAGCGCAAGGGACGUUGACUAAUAUUCAAAACGCUGUCGCUGCAAAGUACGACGUCUUCGCAAAGCAAAUAAGAAAGGAUAUAUCUUCAAUUCAAAAGAAUGUUUCGCAAUUGGAACCAAGGCCGCUGCCAGAGAGAGUUGUCAAAUGGUGGCAAUGGUAUCAACAAUUGACAGGCUUGGAUAUCGUCGAAUUAUCCAGACGCCAAGUGAUUUUAGCUCAAGAUAAAUUGUUCAAGUCUCAGGAUGAGAGGAGACUCUUGAACCGCGAAGUCGCUUUAAUUAAUGACAAAUUAAAGGAGGUGUAUUCCGAGCUUAUUCAAACGAAACGAGAUGAUCCAAAGUAUGUCCAGCUAACGAUACUAGAGAACAAGAGUCUUCAGGAUCAAGCAAGAAUUAUGUCACACCUGAAUUUAUUAGAUAGAGAGGAGAGAGAUCAUUUUACUCAGUUAGCAACUGCUAUCAAGGAGUAUCACGAUAGUCAGACAAUGAGUGCUCAGAAAUAUAAAUAUCUAUCUAUUCUUGCUUCCGCUGUGGUAGCAAUUAUAUCAUUGACUGGAUCGAUGAUAUACAAUAAUAGGAAAAUAGCAAUGAUCAAAAACAGCAUGCACUCACUGGAAACUGGUUUGAACGCCAGGUUUUCGGAAGUUCUUACAAAAUUAGAGAAUAAUGGUGAACAAGAUACACCUAGUGAAACAAAUAAUCCAUCAAGAUACUCCUACUCUUAUAAACAGAUAGGAUUAGGUAUCCUUGGUCUGUACACAGUAAUUAAAGCGCUAUUUUACAACAGUAGUCCUUAGUAACAGGCAUUUAUUUGUAAAUCUUUUUCAAAUAAACGUAUAAUAUAUUGUGCAUAUAUGAUUAUAUAAUAAAACAAAGGGUAUAUUAAUAUCAUAUGAACGUACAACUGGAAAUGUCGUGUAAAGAAUUUGUUGUUACAUAACACGCACAGUUGUUUGCAUUUCGUGUAAGGAACAGAGAUUAAAAUUUUGUCAGAAAAAUAUGUACGUAUAUUUAAUAAACUGGACGAGUACAUUAUUUCAGGAGGCAA